GCCAAGAAAGAAAAGUAAAAACUCCAAGGAGAAGCACAGGAAAAGCACAAAGUCGAUUCGCUGAGGACAGAACCAAGGAAAGUUCUCUCAAAACGUUUGAAGAAAACAGCUUCAGAGACAAUUCAGGUUUGGAGAUGGAGAGCAUGCGAGCGGUGGUCUACCUGUCCGUCUGUCUGACCGUCAUGGCAUCGGUGUGUCAGGGUCAGAGGUCGUCCGAAAAUCAGCAGCUUUCCGAGCCGGCUCUGGGACUCACAACCAAUGAACUGGCUGAAGCUCUGCAGGGUCUCCUGGACGAAGCUGACAGCAGCGUGGGCCUCUCUGUGGAGAAGAAAGCCAGCGUCAUCCCACGGUGUGACGUAGGCGAGCGCUGCGCCAUGAAACAUGGGCCUCGCAUCGGGCGUCUCUGUGACUGCCUGCGUGGAACAGCCUGCAACACCUUCUUCCUGCGCUGCUACUGAACUCUCACCUGUGCCUCCACGCCCGUGAGGACCUCCAAACUGGACCUGUAAAUCAGCUGGUUGGACAAACCACUGGCUGUCCUCACCAUGGCGGGCGCCAAAAGCGCCGCCAUGCAUACUUCUCUGUGCAUGUUUGUGUCUUUCUUUUCAAAGUUUCUCUCUCCGCCUUUCAGAAACGUUUAUUUUUGUUAAUAAAGUUUCUUCAUAAAGC